CACCGGCGCGGGACACGGAUUGCCGGAGCUACCGGGGAAACAAGAGGGCCACGGGCUGUGAGAGACACCUGGGGAACAGCGGGGUAGACUGGCUGCGAGACCCACCGAGGCCACCAGCGGGGGACACCGUUUGCCACAGCCACCGGGCCACCCGCGGGGGACAAAGCUUCAAGGACCAUGGCUGCCAUCGACGAGCGUACAUUCAUUGCCAUCAAGCCCGACGGGGUCCAGAGGGGACUGGUGGGGGAGAUCAUCAAACGCUUUGAGAGGAAAGGAUUCAAACUGGUAGCCAUGAAGUUAAUACAUGCCUCUGAGGACCUUCUGAGGGAACACUACAUCGACCUCAAGGACCGGCCAUUCUAUGAUGGCCUGGUGCAGUACAUGCACUCGGGACCUAUUGUAGCCAUGGUGUGGGAAGGUCUUAAUGUCAUUAAGACUGGAAGAGUAAUGCUGGGCGAAACCAAUCCAUUUGAUUCCAAGCCUGGCACUAUUCGUGGGGACUUCUGUGUCCAAGUUGGAAGGAACAUCAUUCAUGGCAGUGAUUCUGUGGAAAGUGCUGAGACUGAGAUAAAUUUAUGGUUCACUCCUGAAGAACUAGUUGAUUACAGAAGCUGUGCUCAUGAGUGGACAUAUGAUUAACACCCACACUGAAUCUUCUUAUAUCCCCAUGUCCAUGAGCAGCUGCCAGCCUCUAGCUAUUCCAAAGAAUUCCCUGGUAGAAACCUCAGAAAACAGUGAGAUUGCUCUGUUGUGGAUGUUAAAUAGUCAGUGCUUGCUGCUCCUUUGAUCUAAAGGCUGUCAAGUUACAGAUGGAAUUGCACAUUUUAAAAGCUGUUUCUGGUAUUGAGAGAUAUGAGGUGAAAACACAAAGCAGAUAACAGACAUAUUUUUCUGAAGCACUUUAUAGUUAUAGAGAGUAUUUUGGUAAACAUAAAAACAAAUGGAUAAAUUAUUCUUUUGUAAAUAAAUGUGCAAAUGGCUCAGAGUCAGAGGCUAACUUUGCUAAAAUAUUAGAGGACAACUGAUGGUAUGUAAAUGCUUUGAUAAUAUGUCCAAAAUGCUGAGCAUUUACUUAAUAUCAAGUCAAGUGUGUCCCCAUUCCUAAAACAGCUGCAGAAAAAAGCCCAUUUCUCUCCCCAGAACAUGCUGUGACCAUAGAGAGCUCAGCUCUGGCUUAAAUGACAACUGGCCUCCACACUGACACUGUUUCAACUUGUUCUUUUUUUCAAUCCACAUGGGAUUUAUUUAGCAUUUUAAGGAAAGAUUAACUAGCCAGGCUUUAUGAAAUUUCCUUUUAUGUGAAAAGCAGAUUAAUGUGAGGAUGGAUGAGGGAGAUUCUACCUUCAGUCACUUCAGUGCAGCAGCUCUCUGACAUUGCACAAAGCCAUAAGUGGUGUUUGUUUUGCCAGCUGAACAGGUGAUAAUUUAGCUUGAUUCUCAUUAGUGACCUUUCUUAGUAGCUAGGACUACAAAGCAAAUGGUCCUUGGAUAAGUUGUUUCAGAAAUGACUUCAGCACUAUAGUUUUGUAUUUAUUUAAUGAUGUAAAGAAGUACAGUCAUAAUAAUGCAGAAAGUGUUUCAGUUUCAACAGCAAAAGUUGUAUUGGAUGAGGAAGUUGGGAUUGAUAUUAGGUAUUUAUUUCCCUGCAACAUCUUAUUCACUAAGAGCAAGAGUUUAAUGGAAUCAGUUUCUCAAGCUCCAUGAUCUUUUCCCCAACACUGAGUUCUUCUAUCUGAAUACUGAACUAUGCAAUGAAUGUUGAAUUGAAGGCUUAUGAUACGUUAUAGUGAUAUCAAGCUCCUAAA